AUGUCCUUUUUAAAAAUUGUGUAUUUGAUCGUAAUGCCGUUAGGAAUAAUCCUACUGAUGUCUUGUUUACUAAAAAUAAAAUUACUUGUAAAGUUUAGCUAUUCUUUUUGUAGAAAGCAAAUAGGAGAUACACCCAUAAGAAUAGUAACAGUAAUACUAAUUUUAAAUUUUAUGUUAUUUAUUACUGAAUCCUAUAAAUUGAGAUAUGGCGUAAACCAAAUACGAAAUCCGAACGACUUGAUGCCAUCCAUAUCAUCGGAAUAUUUUAAAAUAUACAAAUGGAGGCAUGAGAGGAACUGGUGGAUUGGCUUAUCAAAUUUAUGUAUAUGGUUAAUGUUAUGGAGGUCAACAGGAAUUAUUAAUCAUUAUAUUAGGUAUCUAGAUCAGAGGAAAAAGCAGAUGAAACUUUUGUAA